AUGGUGCCAAAGUCAUCUUUGUCAAAGUGGAUCGAUAAAGCAGUUAAGUUAAACGUUUGUGAGCUUGACAUAAACGUUCAACUGUUUGAUCUUCCCCUCAGCCUCUUCACUUGCAAGACGCUCACAAAUCUAAAAGUAUUUGCGAGAUAUCGUAAUUUUGGGGUUUUAAAUGUUCCACCUCUAGUCAUACUUCCUUGUCUGAAAACCCUCGACAUUAGUGUUCAUAGUAAACGUCUUGUGAAGGCAUUCAGACUCAUCAAUGGAUGCCCGGUGCUUGAAAGUUUAUCUCUGUUAAUAUUACCGCAGGAAGUCGGGGACUACAAUUUCAACAUCCCUACUUUGAAGAGACUGGAACUAAGAACAAAUGAUUUCAUAUCUAGACACAAAGUUGUUUUGAAUCUCCCUAAUCUUGAAUACCUCUAUGUCGAUGGGAUGUUAGGUUCAAAUUUUGUGAUGGAAGAUUUAUCAUCUACAAUUUCCGAUUGA